UCAUUGCUAAUGUAAAUACCCUGAAUGGACCCAUAUAAUUACAAUCUGCCAUCAAGUACUCAAAUCACACGACGCCUUCUUCUUUGCCAUUGUACAACCCUUUGCUGCUGCGAUUUUCUUCUCCGAUCUCGACUGUGAUUUUCGUCUCCAAUCUCGACCUGUGGCUAACCGGCAACGGCGUACGCGAAUCAAUCGGGUUUUGCGACAAAGCUUCACACAUCGUUUAGGAGAUGAGCAGGAAAAGGAAAGAAAGUUUGAUAGAGGGAGAUGUAUAGUUUAAAUGGGAUAUUCAAACCACCAAAAUAUUCCUAGAUAUGUUGUAUGAGUGGAAGAAGAAAAAUGUUGGUCAAAUGAAGUGGGAUAAGAUUGCUAAAGAAUUUAAGGUUGUAAGUGGUAAAAAUUGUAUCCUGCAAAAAUUGAAAACAAAGCAGUACAACAUGAAACAGGAUUGGCAGCUAUUCAAUAAACAUGUUUGGGGUUCAAUUUGAGACUGGAAAGGUUGAGGCCACUGAAGAUUGGUGGGCAGCUAGAAUUCAGGAGAAUAUCAACUUUAAGAAGUUUAAGAACAGAGGCUUCCAUCUCCGUGGGGAGCAAGAUAAGCUUUGGGGGGAUAGCUCUGUGAAUGGUGAGAAUUGUGUAUCUCCACAUAUCGUAUUGGACAAUGACUUCAUACUGUCAUUGGGAGCUGAUUGCUACACUCCAAUUCCAGUAGACUCAAAUUAUGGCAGGUUUGUUGAUGAGUUCUCCACUGAUUCAUCACUAGUGAAGGCUAGCACACCCACCCCUAGAUCUACUAAUACUGGGGGAAGCAGGAAGAGGAAGAGAGUGACACAAGAUACCACAAAUUCUAUGUUUGACAAGCUGUGCCAUCAAUUGCAAAUGGUUUUUGAUAAGCAAUUUUCUUAUUUAUCUACAAAAUAGGAAUAUUAUGAUGUGAAGAAAGAAGUUGCAAAGAAAGUUGAAAAUGUGCAGCCUAUCCCAGUUGUGCAACCUAUGCAGCCUGUCAUUCCUGUCCAGCCAUUGAUGCCUGUUGAUCCUUCAUAUGAUGCCUCGAUUAAGGCCCUGGUUGACAUGAACAUUGCUACUGAAAAUCCAGCACUAUUUUACUUUGUUGUCCAACUAUUUAAUACCAACAAUCAGAGGCAGCUUUUCCUUGCAUUACCACAGAGUGCACGACUUGUUUAUAUUGAGCUACUCUUCAUACAACAUGAUGGAAAAGCUCCAAUUGGUUGAUGGUUUGCUGGUCAAUUUGGGUGAAAGACAAUCUACAGCUAGUGAUGAGCUACUUAUGAUCAUUUGCUACUGGGACUUGAUUUGUUAUCUUAUGUUUUCUGGGUUGAGAUCAAUUAUUUAUAUAUGUAAUUGAGCCGGUUAGAUGAACUUGUUAAUGUCAUUGAAGACAAAUUUCGAUUUUUAAUUUAUGUAUUAGACAAAUGCAGUUAUGUUAUUUUAUGUGAACUAUGAUGAUUUUAUUGCUUA